CCUGCCCCGCGCCUGCCCCGCGCCUGCCCCGCGCCCGCCCCGCGCCCGCCACGCCGGCUGCCACGCGCCCGCCCCGCGCCCGCCACGCCGGCUGCCACGCGAUGGACCCACGCGCGCGUCUGCUUUUGCUGCUGGCGGCCGCCACCUUGGGGCUGCUGCUGGCCUGCCUGCCGGCCGCCACCGCGUCCACCAGCCUGUCCUUCCCCAUCCCCAUCCCCGGGUUCGGUGGCAACCUGCAGCCCUCCUCGCGCGACUGCCCCCCGGGCCAGGGGUGCGCCACGUGCGACCCGAAUGGCAGGUGCCUGACCUGCCCGCUCGGCGACCUCCUCCUGAGGGACGCCUGCGUGGCCCGGUGCCCGAGCCGGCAUGUGGCCAUCGGCGACUGGUGCGUCGCCUGCCCGGAUGGCUGCCUGGAGUGCGCCGGGCCCGAGGCAAGCUGCUCCGCCUGCCAGACCGGCAUGAUCCUCUUCCAGGGGGCCUGCCAUGAGGCCUGCCCGGAGGGGUCGGCCCCGGUGGGCACCGGCCCGGCGGCCGGCUGCGUCCCCUGCCCGGAGCCCUGUGGCACGUGCGCCGACGCCGGCCAAACGUGCACCUCCUGCGCCGAGGGCUUCACCCAGGUGCCCGGGACCACGCAGUGCGUCGCCUGCCCGGAGGGGUGCGCCAGCUGCGCGGACCCCGGCGGCCCGUGUGUCCGGUGCAAGGUGUCCUUCCGCCGGACCACCGCCGGCCAGUGCGUCCCCUGCCCGGCGGGCUGCGGCAAUUGCAAUGGCCGGCCGGACAUCUGUGCGCAAUGCCUGCCGGGGGGCGGGCUGCUCUACCAAACCCAGUGCGUCCCGGCCUGCCCGCCGGCCUACUUCCACCGCAUCGGUAAUUGCAUGCCGUGCUACCAAAAUUGCAGCGAGUGCCGCGACUCGCGCGCGUGCAUCCUCUGCACGGGCGACAUGCUGCUGCAGGGGGGCAUAUGCGUGGACCGGUGCGCGGCCGGCCGCUACAAGCACCCGGACCUGGCGGCCUGCUACGACUGCGCGGCCAAUUGCGCCGCCUGCACCGGGCCCGGCGACAUGUGCACCGCCUGUCGGCAGGGGUUCUUCCUGUCGGCCGACCGGCCCGGGGCCUGUGUCCCCUGCGCGGCCGGCUGCGCCAAGUGCGCCGGGCCCAGCGGCGCGUGCGUCGAGUGCGAGCCGGGCUUCUUCGGCCCCGGCUCCCAGCCCGGGGGGUGUGCCCCCUGCGGCCCGGGGUGUGCCCAGUGCGCCGGGCCCGAGGGGGCAUGCACCGCCUGCCAGCCGGGGUUCUUUGCGCCGGCCGACCGGCCGGCCGUGUGCCUGCCCUGCGGGGCCGGCUGCGCCGAGUGCACCGGGCCGCAGGGCGGCACCUGCCUGGCCUGCCGGCCGGGCUUCCACCAGCAGGACGACCGGUGCCUGCCCUGCGGGGCCGGCUGCGAGGAGUGCGACGCCGCCGGCCGCUGCAAGCGCUGCCUGCCGCGCCAUACCAUCGGCUUCCGCAGCACCGAAGCCCAGUGCUUCCCCUGCGCCCCGGGCUGCGAGCAGUGCACCCACGUCCUGGGCUGCAGCGCCUGCCAGCCCGGCACCGUGCUCACCGGCCGGGGCGAGUGCCUGCCCUGCUCGGAGCACUGCUCCACCUGCCAAAUGGGCCAGUGCAUGGCCUGCGACCGGGGCCACCAUCUGGGCCCCGGGGGCCGGUGCCUGCCCUGCCCGGAGUCCUGCACCGAGUGCACCGAUGACGGCCGGUGCACCGCCUGCCACAAGGGCUUCGGCUACAGCCCGGACGGCGUGUGUGUCCCCUGCCCCGGGGGCUGCACCAGCUGCACGGCCCUCCGGGGGUGCAUCUCCUGCCCGGACGGCUUCGUCCUCCACCAGGGCCUGUGCAUGGGCAACUGCCCGGCCGGCUUCGUGGCCCGCGGCAACGACUGCAUCCCCUGCCCGGCCGGCUGUCGAAUGUGCCUGCUCCGGUCGAUGGGCUGCUCCGAGUGCCAGACCGGCUUCUACCUGGUGGCCGGGGCCUCGGAGGGCGAGUCCCGCUGCGUGCCCUGCCCCGGGGCCGGGUGCAUCGAGUGCGACCCGGCCCGGCCGGCCGUCUGCCGGGCAUGCGCCCUGGGCCAUGCCCUCCGGGAGGGCACCUGCCAGGCAUGCGCCCCGGGCUGUGACCGGUGCGCCGGGCAGCCGCCGCACGCGUGCGACGCCUGCACGCCGGGCUUCCUGCCGGACCCGGACCAGGCCGGCGGGUGUGUCGCCUGCGCGGAGCACUGCCUCCGGUGCGCCUCGCCCGGCCCGGGCCAGCCCCCGGCGGCCACCUGCGCCGAGUGCCACCGCGGCUUCUUCCUGGACACCGGGCCCGAGGGGCCGGUGUGCCGGGCCUGCCCCGACACCUGCGAGGCCUGCUCGGCCGGCGGCCGGUGCACCUCCUGCCACAAGGGGCUGCACCUGUAUGAGGGCACCUGCGUGCCUGCCUGCCCGGCCGGGUCGUACCCCGACGGGCAGGGCCGGUGCCCGCUCUGCCCGGCGACCUGUGUCACCUGCACGACGGGGCACAUGUGCACCGCCUGCCCGGCCGGGCGCAUCCUCCAGGGCGGCGCCUGCCUGGAGGCCUGCCCCGACCGGACCUUCCCGGACCCGGCGGCCCCGGACCAGUGCCGCUUCUGCCCGACCGGCUGCGCCACAUGCACCUCGGCCGGCCAGUGCGACAGCUGCCUCGAGGGGUACGUCCUGUCGGCCGGCCCGGGCGGCGACACCAUCUGCCAGCUGUGUGCCCCAUACUGCGCCGAGUGUGUCCCCGGCCCGGGGGGCCUGGCCGACGCGGCCGAGUGUGUCCGGUGCGCCGGGGACUUCCACCUGGUGGCCGGCAGGUGCCGGGGCUGCCCGGCCGACUGCGCCGCCUGCGACGCGAGCAACAUCUGCACCCGGUGCCGCGACCCGGCCACCUACCUGGCCGAUCGCCGGUGCAUGCCGUGCGCGGAGCACUGCGCCGCCUGCGCCGGGCCCCGGUGCGACCAGUGCGCCGAGGGGCAUUUCGUGGUGCCGGCCAGCGGCCAGUGCGCCGCCUGCCCGGAGGGCUGCCACACCUGCGCCCAGGCCGACCGGUGUGAUGUCUGCCAGGCCGGGCGGUACCUGGACCCGGCCGGGGGGGCCUGCCCCCGGUGCCCGGCCGGCUGCACGGCCUGCUCCGGGGCCGAUCGGUGCACGGCCUGCGCGCCCGGCCGGUACCUGGCCCCGGGCGACGGGGCCUGCCGGGCCUGCGCCGAGGGGUGCACCGCGUGCGCCGGCGGCCCGGGCCAGUGCACCGCCUGCCAGGAUGGCCGGUACCUGGACGCCGGGGCCUGCCGGGCCUGCGGGGCCGGGUGCGCCGCGUGCGCCGGCGGCCCGGACCAGUGCACCGCCUGCCAGGCCGGCUGGUACCUGGACGCCGGGGCCUGCCGGGCCUGCGGGGCCGGGUGCGCCGCCUGCACCGGGCCCGACCAGUGCACCGCCUGCGCCGAGGGGUACUUCCCGGUGGCCGAGGCGCCCGGGUGCCGGGCCUGCGCGGCCGGGUGCGCCACCUGCACCGAGGCCGGCCGGUGCACCGGCUGCCCGGCCGGCCGGUACCUGGACCCCGGCCCGGGCGCCUGCCUGGCCUGCCUGGACCGGUGCCUUGACUGCACGGCGGCCGGCCAGUGCCGGCACUGCGAGCCCGGGUUCUUCCGGCGCUCCGGCCCGGAGGGGGUGUCGUGCGCCGGCUGCCCGGAGCACUGCCUCGACUGCCAGGCCGAGGGCCAGUGCAGCGCCUGCGCCGAGGGCCACCGGCUGGCCCAGGCCGGGGCCCGGUGCGAGCGGUGCCCCGGCUGGCCGGCGUGCGUGGCCUGCGGCCCGGAGGACGACUGCACCGCCUGCGCGGCCGGCUUCCACCUGGCCCCGGGCCCGGGGCCCGGGCCGGCCACCUGCCAGCCCUGCGGCCAGGGGUGCGCCCAGUGCGCCGGGGCCGACGGCGACUGCCGGGCCUGCGGGCCGGGCUUCGUCCUGGUGCCCGGCGGGGCGGCCGGGGCCCAGCACCGGUGCCAGGCCUGCCCGGAGGCCUGCGCCCAGUGCUCGGUCCCCGGGCAGUGCGACGCCUGCCAGCCGGGCCGGUGGCUGACGCGCGACGGCCAGUGCGCCGGCGCCUGCCCGGCCGGCGACUUCGCCGACCCCUCCACCGGCGCCUGUGCCCCCUGCCACCCGGCGUGCGCGGCCUGCUCCGGGCCCGGGCCGGGCGACUGCACGGCCUGCUCCGGCGGGGCCCGGCUCGGGGGCCCGGGCGACCAGCCGGCCGGCCCCUGCGAGCCGGCCUGCGCCGCCGAGCCGCCGGCCUGCGCCGCCGAGUGCGCCCCCGGGUGCGACCGGUGCGAUGGCCUCGGGCCGGGCAGCCGGUGCUUGCGCUGCCCCGGCCCGGGGGCCAUGCUGACGGCCGAUGGCCGGUGCGCGGCGGCCUGCCCGGCCGGGCAGGUGCCCAUCCAGGCCGGCCCGGAGCGCCACUGUGCCCGGUGCUCCGGGCUCUGCGGGGCCGGGUGCGCCGGCCCGGCGGCCGACCAGUGCACCGCCUGCCCGGCCGACCGGCCGCUCCUCCAGGCGGGCCGGUGCGUGGCCCGGUGCUCGGCGGCCGGCUGGUUCCUCGACCCCGGCGCCGCGGCGUCAUCCCCCGGCAGCGGCGGCGGCGGCGGCGGCGGCGGCGGCGGCGGCGGCGGCAGCGGCAGCGGCAGCGGCAGCGGCAGCGGCAGCGGCAGCGGCAGCGGCAGCCCCGAGCAGGCCCCCGCACGGUGCCAGCCCUGCGACGCGUCGUGCGCCCGCUGCAUGGGCCCCGGGCCGGAGGAGUGCACCGCCUGCCCGGUGGACGACAUCUUCGUGCCGGUGCCGGGGCCGGAGCAGGCCGAGCCCCGGGGCGCCUGCGUGUCGGCCUGCCCGGGGGAGUGCGCGGCCUGCGGCCCGGCCGGGCUCGACCCGGCGGCCGACCCCCCGCCGUGCACGGCCUGCGUCGAGGGCUUCCUGCUGGAGGAGGGCGCCUGCCGGGAGGCCUGCUCGGCCGGCCGGUACCCCGGGCCGGGGAACGUCUGCCGGGCCUGCGCCGACGAGUGCGCCACAUGCGCCGGGCCCGGGCCCGAGGAGUGCCGGGACUGUGCGCCGGGCGGCCCCGGGGCCGGGCCCGGCACGUGGGCCAGCCCGGCCCGCGGCCCCGGCGACAUCGGCCCGUGCGUGGGCGCCUGCCCGGCCGGGCACUUCGGCCAUGCCCCCUCGCGCCAGUGCCGGGCCUGCCACAGCGAGUGCGCCGAGUGCUCCGGGCCCGGGGCCGGCGAUUGCACCGCCUGCCACGGGUCGCUCGCCCUGCUGGAGGGCAUCUGCCUGGGGGCCUGCCCGGAGUGGGGCUUCUGGGCGGACGCCGCGGCCGCCGGCCAGUGCCGGGCCUGCCUCGAGGGCUGCGCCCGGUGCGCCGGCCAGGACACCUGCACCGAGUGCCAGCCGGGCCGGCACCUGGUGCGGGGGCCCGCGGCCGAGGGGGACCGCCCGGCCGGGCCGGACGCCUGCCCGACCGCCUGCCCAGCCGGCUUCUUCAGCGAGCCGGUCCCCGGGUCCGGCGGCCGGCUGGCCACCUGCCAGGCCUGCGCCGCCUCCUGCCACCAGUGCACCGGCCCCGAGCCGGAGCACUGCCAGGUGUACCCGUGCCAGGUGACCAACACCUGCUCCCGAUCGUCCAGGCUCGCGGCCGUGGUCGGCCUGUCGGUCGGCCUCAGCGUGCUGGCCCUCCUCCUGGUGGCCGGGCUCUUCUUCUACAUCUUCUUCUUCCGCAUCCGGGCGAAGGCCCCGGCCCAGCCGGACACCGAGCUGCAGGUCAUCGAGUGAGGAGCCGGGGCCCCGGCACACCACGAGCCCGAAGCGAGCGAGGCCACAUCCGGCCGGGGGCGAGGCCGGCAGCCA